AGCCACCGGCUCUGAGGCUUGUGGAAGGUACCAGCUUGCUGGAAAACUGCUUUAGAAUAUUUCACCAGUGAAAUAACUGAUUUCAACACCUGGGGAAUAAUAACACAAAAAACAAGACACAUUUUGGUAUACACAAAAAGCUGUAUGAUGUUAGAUAAAGGAGCACUUUUAGUGUUUUUCUGCCUGACAAUGCAAACGGCUUGCUCCCCACUCUACCCAGCGCUAAGGUUUGGUCAGAAGGCCUCCUCCUCCUCCUCCUUCAUUCUGAGGUCCUCUGCUGACGAUGGACACGUCUUCCCAGACACAGACGGGCCUCUGCAGCUCAGCGUCCCCCUGAGAGAGCCCCCAGAGGAAAGAACAGCGAGGCACGCAGAUGCUAUAUUCACAAACAGCUACAGGAAAGUACUGGGGCAGAUUUCAGCGAGGAAGUUCCUGCAGACCAUCAUGGGAAAACUAUUGGGUGAUGAAAGCGCGGAGGAAUCGUCACAGGUGUCCAAACGGCAGGCAAGCCUCCACACAGACAACAGCUGGUACCUGCGGCAGAGGGCAGCGUGGUAAUACCUCACCAGAGAGCAAAGGCAGGGGCAGAGGCUGAGAAGAAUAACUACCAGAAGGCUGGACAGAAGAGGACCCCUCUGCCAUGUUGCUGUGACUGUUUCCAACCAACCACACCCUCAUUUUUAAAAUACGUGUUUUACUAUGUCUUAAAAAUGUGAUUUUAAAAGAAAGAACAUAGCUAUGUAUUUUCAUGGAAAACGUUACCUUACUCCAGCUCAGAGCUGGAAUUAAUAUAUAGAAGGAAAUUAAUCAAUGAGUUUUGCUCCUUUGCUGCUGCAAUCAAUUACAAGUUGUAUGUAUGGCGUGAGUGUUCACCUGAAACUCUUUGCUUCAGAGUUAAGCUUUAAAGUUGUUGUUUCUUAUUGCUCUCAGUAUUUUGUUAAACUCCUGUAAAUAAACUAUUUUGCAACAGAA